CUGCGCGGCUCGGGCUGGGCGCGGGGCUCUCGCCGCCGCUCGGAGGAAGAGGAAGUGGCCGCGGUCCCCGGCCGGGCUGAGCGGGAGCGGAGCCGCCGCCUCGGGCUGCGCCGCGCAAACUUUGUGCCGGGCGGCGGGGCCGUGUGGCGGCGCGGCGCUGCCCCGGCACCUCCCUGUCGCGGAGCCGAGGGGGGAGCGGCCCCGGAGCGCGGCGGGCGGGCACGGGCGACAGCCGGAGUAGGAGGAGGAAACGCUGUCAGCGGGGCCGGCCGUCUCCGCCCGCCGGGCAUCCUUCAGCACCACCGGGCUGCGCUUCGCCCGCUGCCUGCCCCAGGUACUGCCACGCACCCCGCCGGCUCGGCGGGCAAACUUGGAACUGCUGAAAUGGGUUGUGGAUUGAACAAAUUGGAGAAGCAUGAUGAAAAACGACCUGGUAAUAUCUAUUCAACUUUGAAGAGACCCCAGGUAGAAACCAAGAUAGAUGUUUGCUAUGAAUAUCGAUUCUUGGACUUCACAACACUAAAUAAUACUGAGCUGCCAGGAUCAUCUGCAAUCAAGCUAUCCUCCUUGUGUGAUCUUCCAGCUCAGCUGGAAGAAUUGUACCAGCAGGGCUUUGUCUUGGCUGCUGUCCACCCUUUUGUGCAACCAACUGAUGAAAAAGAGAAAACUCCCCAGGAACAAAUCUUCAGGGCUGUGCUUAUCAAGAAAACAGAAAGGUCUUCAAAAGGUGACGUCAAUAAUGAAGGAUAUGUCUUGGAGGUAGAAUGCUGCUCCUCUUUAAACCACCUUUCAGAGAAAAAGGAGAUCCCUGAUUUUAUUAAAAAAAUUCAAGAUGCUGCAAGUCAAGGCUUGAAAUUUGUUGGAAUUAUACCUCAGUACCAUUCCCGAAAGAACUGCCUUGUCAGCACCUCCCUGACACCUGCCAGUAACAACUCUGUGCAAUCAAGAGAUAAUAAAAAUGUUUCAAAUUACCCUGAGGAUCAUGCUUCACUGGAUGGCGAGAAAAUAGACAGCACUGAUGGAUGCAGUACACCAACACAGAGUGAGCAAAGUGCUGACCAAUGUGCCACAUCCAGAGAGGGCUGUAGAGGUGAAGGACAGGCUACUGAAGAGCUGCAUUCCAAACCUGUGGAGGGAAGUGAAGAACAGUCCCAGUGUGAGAGCCCGAGUGUGAGAGAAGCAGCUGACAAGACGAAUGGACUUGCAGAGAGUGAAACGCCUGCACGAUGCUUGAAACCACUUACUGGCAAAGCAGAGAUCUUCGCUCUCUUCAACAAGCCCAAAACCCCACAAAAAUGCAGCCAGUACUAUACAGUGACUAUCCCUAUGAGGAUCUCCAGGAAUGGGCAGACUGUCAACAGCUUAGAAGCAAAUUGGCUGGAGCACAUGACAGAUCACUUCAGGAAAGGAGGCUCACUGGUAAACGCCAUCUUCAGCCUUGGAAUGGUAAAUGAUUCUUUACACGGGACAAUGGAUGGAGUAUUUAUCUUUGAAGAUGUUGCUGUGGAAGACAGUAAAACUACGCAGGGCUAUGAUGCAAUUGUGGUAGAGCAGUGGACUGUCUUGAAGGGAGUUGAAGUGCAGACAGAUUACGUUCCGCUGCUGAAUUCCCUUGCCAUGUACGGCUGGCAGCUGACGUGUGUGCUUCCUACUCCUAUUGUGAAGACAAACAGGGAGGGGAAUUUAUCUACAAAGCAAAUUGUAUUUCUUCAGAGACCUUCUUUGCCCCAGAAAGCAAAGAAGAAAGAAUCUAAGUUUCACUGGAGGUUCUCCAAAGAAGACAUGCACAACAGAAAAAUGAAGAAUUCCACAAAGGCUAAAUUAAGUACUAGGGAGAAGCAAAGGGCACAGGAGAAGCAGGAAUUUGAAGUCACUGAGAACACGAGAAACUUAGAAGCACAGAUGUCAAGAGCAGCCAAGCCUGAUCCAGAACAGCAGCCAGAUGAUGUCAUAGACUUGGGAGACGAGGUGGCCGGGGCCAACGACAGAGGUGCCCACCAGAACGGGGCGUCAGCGGAGACGUGUCCUGCCAGUGGCAGCUGUGACACUGGUGACAGUGCUGGGCAGGGCUGCCUCAGCCAGAGCGUGCCCAGCUGCCUUGCGGGGGAGGCUGCAGAGGGCGGGGGCUGCGUGCCAGGGCUGGACGGCUGCAGCAGCGACGGGGCAGCGCUGGACAUGGACUGCUCCUGCGAAUAAGAGCUGCUGUCCAGGAACCCUGUGAGUGGCUGAUACUUUGCAAAGACAGAAGAACAGAUUUUGAUAAUCCCCACCACUAACUCCAUUGCUCAACUCAGCGUUUCUUUUGCAUUUCUUUGACUUACUUUGCUCCUUAGCACUCUGGUAUCUUAAUGUUUUAAGUAUCCACAGGGCCCAGUCCUUUCAACAUACAGAAACUGCAAAAUUCCUUUCACUGUACGUACUGAGAAAUGCUCUUCUAGAGCUACACUUUAAACUAAAAAGCAGGAAGGGACAGAAAUCAAACUUUUUUCCAUGACCAAACUUAGCAAGCCAGCUUUGAGCCUGGGUCAGGGCAAGUGUUCCGUUCGGUCAGAUUUUACUAUGUAGUACUUUCUUGUCCACUUUCUGGAGAAGUUAUUGUGCCAGAUGUUUUUUUGUCACUAGGCUUGUAAUGUCAUAAAAAUUAUACUUGGACUUCAAGAGGUUGAAUCUGAAGUUGGAAAGCUUAGGUAAGAUGGCUGUUAUCCAUACAUUUCUCCAGGAGCACACUCACUGACAAUACUCUCUUCUGAAUUUUAUUAACCCUUACAGAUCUUUAAGCAAUCAGCAAAUCGUGUACCUGUGGGUAAACAAACCCCAUGGUGAAUCUGUGAGAUGGAUGAUUCCACUACAAAAUGCAAUUUCCUAUUUGGUCUUUGCCAAUCAACAGUUCAUCAGUAACUGUGGGGGCUUCAGAAGACAGAAAAACAGGAAACGAAAAGGCAGGUAAAAAGUACUUCUGUCAGUGGUUAUCCUCACUAAAAUUGGAAUUAGAUAUUACCUCUUUACCUUUUCCAGGUGGUUCUGCACCACUUCCUCACUGUUAUGAAAUACCUUGUGGUAAAGAACUGAAAAUGUACACAGGGGUCCGUGGCCAACAAAUGUUACUAAACAGACCUUCCAAAAUGAAAAUACCUUAGCAGACCCUUUUUUCAUACAAGUAACCAUAUUCUGGACUGAUACCUAACAGAAUUCUGUAAAAAUUACCAACAUUUUUAUGUUUGAAGUUACAUAAAAAUAUUUACAAGUGAAUGUACAUGUAAUAUAGGUUCUGUGCCAAUGUUCUCCAAGUACUUCAGUAUUUUAACAAAUGUAGGAAGGAAUGGUUUCUCUCUUCUUAACCACCUUCAUCCUUAUUUAGAAGUGGUCAAGUAAUCUGGUAACAAGGUGAGAAAAACAUUGUAAAUUCCCCUUUUUCUUGUUUUAAAGCAAGAGGUAGAGCUCUGUAAGUGGUUUGCUGUUUUUUCCCUUGACUGAUUUGUGCUUGAUAAUUUUCCUUAGUCUUCAAAUCAAAAUGCUGUACAAAGGAAUAUGUUUUGUAUCAGAUGUGCAUCUAGAGUGGUUUAAAUGCAUCCUUCAUGCCUAAAAAUUACUCAGUUGGCAAAACAUUGCAGAGAAGGGAAAAAUUACAUCACUUAAAUAUUCAUUUAAUUGGGAUGAAGGCACUCAAGUUUAAACCAUUUGAUUUCACACACACAAAGCACAGUGGUAGUUUUGUCAUUGAUUAAAGAGUGUUUUAUUUUGAAUUCAGUGGUUUAACCAGAGGACUGUAAGUAACUUCAGUUUCUGAUGCUCUGAUGCUAUUUUUCAAUUGUUUCAUUUGGUAUUUAGAUUACACUGGGGUUCCAAUAGCCUCAAAAAUAGGUUGCUGCAGUUGUUCUGCUUAAAUACAAGGUCUCUGCUUUGUACAACUUUUAAGUUCCUGUUUGCAGAUUUUAUUAGCAUAAGAUCUUUUUACUGAUGGUUUCUAUCUCAAGGACCAGCUUUGUGUUAUUUUAUUAUUAUCACUAUAUUUAAUGAACGUUUUGCUAGUACAAAGUGUUGCAGUAGAAAGACCUCUCCAAAUACUUUUUAAUAGAAAACGUUUAUUGGAUUGCAAUUUGACCUUGUUUAACUGAAUUCCAAGUGCUUACAAAACUAAAGAGAAAUAAAGGUCAUGAGGAGAUUCCUUA